AUGUCUUCUCCUCGUGUUAUUGUCGUUGGCGGUGGCCUUUCCGGCCUCAGCGCAGCCCACACUGUCUAUCUCAAUGGAGGCAGCGUCCUGCUUCUGGACAAGAACAACUUCUUUGGUGGUAACUCGACCAAGGCCACCUCUGGCAUCAACGGUGCCUUGACCCGGACGCAGGUCGACCUCGGCAUCCAGGACAGUGUCAAGGCAUUCUACGAGGACACACUCAAAUCAGCCCGUGACAAGGCCCGGCCAGACCUCAUCCGAGUCCUGACGUAUCAGUCCGCAGCGGCCGUCGAAUGGCUGCAGGAUGUUUUCAACCUCGAUUUGACGCUUGUCUCGCGACUUGGUGGACAUUCCUUCCCUCGAACACACAGAGGACACGAUGCCAAAUUCCCCGGCAUGGCCAUCACCUAUGCGUUGAUGCAGAGAUUGGAAGAGCUGUGCGAGUCCGACCCUGAAAGAGUACAGGUCAUCAAGAAGGCCAAAGUCACAUCGUUGAACCACGAGGGUAACCUCGUGACCGGCGUCACGUAUGAGUAUGGCGGCGAGAAGCACUCGGUGGACGGCGUGGUAAUUCUCGCCACCGGCGGCUACGCUGCGGAUUUUGGUCCCGACUCUCUGCUCAAGAAACACAGACCUGAUACUUUCGACUUGUCGUCCACCAACGGCACUCACGCCACCGGAGAUGGCCACAAGAUGUUGAUGGCCAUCGGCGCCAACGACAUUGACAUGGACAAGGUCCAAGUCCAUCCCACCGGUCUGGUAGAUCCCAAGGAUCCUCAUUCGAAGUGGAAGUUCUUGGCUGCCGAAGCCCUCCGAGGCGAAGGCGGUAUUCUUCUGAACAGCGAUGGACAGCGAUUCUGCGAUGAUCUCGGUCACCGGGACUACGUGUCGGGAAAAAUGUGGGAAGAACGGGACAAGGGCAAGUGGCCCAUCCGACUUGUGCUCAACUCCAAGGCGUCCAACGUCUUGGACUUCCAUACCCGCCACUACUCUGGUCGUGGUCUGAUGAAGAAGAUGACUGGCCGAGAGUUGGCCAAGGAGAUUGGCUGCGGAGAGGAGGCCCUCGACCGACAGUUCAAGGAAUACAACGCCAUCGCCGAGGGUAAGAAGAAGGAUCCUUGGGGCAAGAAGUAUUUCCACAACAUGCCCUUCGAUAUUAACGAUACUUUCCACGUCGCCGUGAUGGAGCCUGUUCUUCACUUCACCAUGGGUGGAAUGGAGAUCAACGACAAGGCGCAAGUCCUAAACAAGGAACACAAGCCCUUCGAGGCAUUGUGGGCCUGUGGUGAGUUGGCCGGUGGUGUUCACGGUGCCAACCGUUUGGGUGGAUCGUCGCUUUUGGGUUGUGUGGUUUACGGUCGUGUUGCCGGAGCUUCGGCAUCCCAAUAUUUGUUCCAGAAACUCACGGCUGGAGGUGCCACCGGGGCAGCACAACGUCUGGGUCAGAUUUCGCUACAUAUUGACCCUAACAGCCCUGGCAAGAUUUCAGUGGAGUGGGGCAGCGGCAGUUCUGGAGCAACUGGAUCAUCUGGCGGCUCUGGAGGCUCGGCCGGUACUGAAACCACGGCAAAGCAGGCUCAGAAGACGGCUGCUCCCGUGAUGGAUGGCAACAAAAGCCAAGAUCCUGGCAAGAAAAAGGAACACAACGACAUAAGCUCGUUUAAGGUCCCAGAGAAGGAGUUCAGCUUGGAAGAGAUUGCCAAGCACAACAAGAAGGAUGACCUCUGGAUCGCCGUCAAGGGCGUUGUUAUGGAUGUCACCAACUGGCUCGAUGAGCACCCGGGUGGCCCUCAGGCCCUUUUCAGCCACAUGGGCCGGGAUGCCACUGAAGAGUUCGAAAUGCUGCACGACGACGAAGUCAUCCCCAAAUAUGCCGCGGACAUUGUCAUCGGGCGUGUCAAGGGUCAAGAGGUGCGACUAGAGUACUAA